GACCAGAAGAUGGCGGUAAUGCACAUCAUAAGUUGCUUCCGGUAUAAAGAAGAAGACUGAAAUGGAGGGAGGGCGGAAGAAGAGUCGAAUGCAAUUCUGACAAGUGGAGUCUAUACGAAUAAAUUAAUAAAAGACAAACAGGCAUUGUCCUCUUCAAACACAACAACAGCAUGUCGGAGUCUUUAAACGCUUGCGGCCUGCUUGGUUCUUCCUCACAAAUGGAUCUGAUGAACGAGGAAACGAUUGACGAUAAGGAAUUUGACAUUCCCCAAGUGGACACACCGCCUACCUUGGAAAGCAUCCUCAAUGAGCUGGAGGACGAGGAGGAAGCAUUUGUGCUGGAGGAUACCUGCCUUCUGAAUACUGAAAAUGUUGAUGCUCAUUCCUGCGACACCGCUUCUCUUGCUAGCUCUGACAGCGGGGACCCAGCGCUACUUAAACGGAAGAAGAGGGCCGUGGAUCUUAAAGCGGCAGUUCAUGGAUCAGUUCUUCAGCACAGCAUGCUUCAGGGCAUCUCGGCACAGAUCGUCUCGGCUGCUGACAAAGUGGAUGCCGGAUUACCGACUGCCAUAACGGUUGCAGGUGUGAUUGUGGUGGGAACAUCUCAUGGUCUGGCUCUGGUCUUUGAUACCAACCAGGCUUUACGACUCUGUCUGAGUAACAAAGUAACUGGAGCAGAGUUUGGAGCUAUUUCUGCCCUCAGCAUCAACAACGACUGUUCGAGACUUCUGUGCGGAUUUGCCAAAGGGCAGAUGACUAUGUGGGAUCUAGCCAAUGGGAAACUCCUGCGGACUAUCACCGAUGCACACCCUCCGGGGACAGCGAUUCUGCAUGUGAAGUUCACAGACGACCCAACUCUCGCAGUGUGCAGUGACAGUGGCGGAUCGGUUUUUGAGCUGGCUUUCAGGAGAGUCAUGGGCAUGCGUUCCUGCGACUCCAGAUGUCUCUUCAGCGGUUCUAAAGGGGAAGUUUGCUGUAUUGAACCAUUGCGUACACCUCCCGACUUCACUGACCACCCCAUAACAAAUUAUUAUCUACUGGCUUUGGCUUCCCUCACAAAGAUUCUGGUUAUCGGACUGAAGCCCUCCCUGAAAGUUUGGGUGACCUUCCCCUACAGCAUGUCCCAUCCAUCCAGCGUUCCUCAACUGGCCUGGCAGUUUGUCGGCGCUGAAGCAGCUGUUAACCCAAUCUUGGCUUUUUGUAAAGGAGAUACCGUCCAGUUUCUCAUGAUUAAAAGAGAGGAAAUGGGUGCGGUCCACGUCAUCAAACAACGGCAAAUUCAUCUCAGCUGUGACAUCAUCAGCUUGAAUUGGAUUAACAGUCGCACGUUGGUGAUGGUCGACAGUCAUGAAAAGCUGCACGUCGUCGACCGUCCCAGUCAGGAGAUUUUGGAAAUUGUGGACCUGGAGCAGGUGCAACUGGUCUACAACAGCCGCCAUUUCAAAUCGCUGGCCACAGGAGGGAACGUCUCCCAGGCUCUGGCCCUAGUUGGAGAAAAAGCUUGCUACCAGUCUGUUUCAAGCUACGCAGGACAGAUUGUCUGUUUGGGAACCAAGUCUGCUCAUAUGAUGACUCUAAGAACCUGGAGGGAGCGUCUCGACUGUCUACUGAAGCAGGAGCAUUUCGUUGAAGCUCUCUCUCUGGCCUGGUCCUUCCACAAGGGAACAGCGAAGGCUGUGCUUGGGCUGCAUGGAGAACCUUUGAAAAGAAAGAGAGUCGUUAGUGACAAGAUGGUAGAGAUCCUCUUCCAGUUUGCCGAACAUGCUCUAAAGAGGUGUCCGGAGCAGGGGAGAAUUCAAGUGAUGGAGCAACAUUUUCAUGAUGUUGUUCCAGUCCUGAUAGAUUUCUGCCUGCUGCUCCAUAGAACUGACCUGCUAUUCGAGCAACUUUAUGCCCGGCUCAUGGAGAAUGUGGUUGCUAAGGGUGUUUUCCUGGAAUCACUGGAGUCCUAUAUUGUCAUGGACCGCCUUGGUCAGCUGCCAACACCGCUAAUGAAGGAUCUGUUGGCGCAUUAUCACUGCAGUGGCUUGAUGGACAACCUGGAGAGAUGCAUUGUGCAUCUGGAUGUCACAAGACUAGAUAUACAACAGGUCGUUCAAGUGUGUUGGGAAAACCAGCUCUACGAUGGUAUGAUCUAUGUGUUCAACAGCGGCAUGAAUGACUACAUUACACCCAUGGAGAAACUUUUUGCUGUAAUUGGCCCACCACUUCAGGAGGGGAGGAGCUUAACAGCUGAAGAAGUGGUGAUGGGAAACAAACUUUUGGUGUACAUCAGCUGCUGUCUUGCAGGAAGGGCGUAUCCCCUCGGGAACAUCCCUGAGGACCUUGUGGUCCAGAUCAAGAUUCAGGUAUUUGAGUUCCUGAUUCUUCUCCAUACUGCAGAGGCAUCAUCACACGAGGAGCCCUACCCUUUUAUUCACACACUCCUCCAUUUUGACACUCGGGAAUUCCUAAAUGUUCUUGCCAUGACAUUCGAGGACUUUAAAAAUGACAAACAAGCCAUCGAGUACCAGCAGAGGAUCGUGGACAUUUUACUUCAGGUGAUGGUGGAUAACCCAGACUUUACGCCCUCCCAAGUGGGCGGGCUCUUCACCUUUCUGGCUCGCCAGCUAUCUAAACCAGACAACACGCUUUUUGUAAACAGGAAGUUAUUUGACCAGGUCCUGGAAUUCCUCUGCAAAUCAGAUGAUGACUCUCGACAUACUGAAAGGCAGCAGGUGCUGCUGCAGCUACUCCAGGUCGGAGGUGUGGUCCAGUUUGAUGAAGGGAAGCUGCUGACUUUGGCGGACGGAGCUAAAUUCUACCAAAUUCUGGAAUUUCUAUAUGAAAAGAAACAUAUGUAUGACAAGACCAUUGACUGCUACAUGAAAGACCCCCAGAGGAAGGGUGAGAUCUUUGCUUACAUCCACCAACUGAUGUCCACGGCAAGGCCUAAGUGUGAGGAGAAACAGCUGGUUAAGAAGAAAACAUUGCAAUAUAUACAGGAAUUGGUGACGCUCGAUGCAAGCAAGUCAGCUGACCUGGUUGUGUGUCACUUUGCUGAAGAAGUGAAGCAAAUCAUCUCUGAACUUCCUGAUGGCGAGGUGCUUUUCAUAUUUGUGACCUGCUUCCUGGAGUCUUGGGAGAAUCAUAAUCCGGGGAGCACCCUUCCUCUGGAAUACGAGCUCCACAAGCUUCUGUUGGACCUACAGUGCCGUUUUGCCCCACAGCAGCUCCUGCACUUCCUUCAGACGUCACGACAUUACAGGCUGGAGGACGCCAUACAAAUGACGGAGAAGUACCACCACAGUGAGGCUACAGGCUACCUACUGGAGAAGAAGGGAGACUUUUAUGGAGCUUUUACAGUUUUGUUGGAGGCAUUAAAAGUCAAACUUUCUAUGCUGACUGCUGACACGAACAGACGACGGAGUGAAGAUGAGGAAGGCGAUGAGUUGACCGUAUUGGGCGAAGUCGAGCGUUUGUUGAAUGACCUCAUCGCUUUGGGUCAUCGCAGCUCUCAGAAACUCCAGCAGCCACAAAUAAAGGAGCUCUGGUUUUCAUUAUUGGAUACAUUGAUGGCGCCUCAAAGGCAAAUGAAAGCGAAACACAUGUCUGAAGUGUUCAGAGAGCUGACAAUGAGAGUUUUCAACAGCAUGAGUAGCUUUAUUUCCCUGCCUGCCAUCAUCCAGCUGGUACUGCAGGACCCCCUUUAUGGAGAGGGACAAGUUGCAGAGAUCCACGGUCUUCUUCUCGGGAUGCUGGACACUUUCAACUAUGAACAGACAUUGUUUGAAACAACCACUCGUCUGCUCAACCAUGACCUCCACUGGUCGCUGGCUCAUCUGCGCACGGCCGUGACCAAGGGACUCCACCCGAGACAGGACUACUGUCACAUCUGCAUGCAGCAGUACAAGAGAUGGCACAACCCAACAGAGGAGAUCAUCAUAUUCAGUUGUGGUCAUCCAUACCACAUCCAGUGCCUGCAGCAGCACGACUGUGGGCUGGGAUGUGCUUCAGAGCAGCAGCAGCAGCAGCAGCAAUGGAGUUGCUAUAAGUGUUCCACCAGUCACAGUGGAAGAAGCGGACAGUAUAUCACAGCCAAGAAAAGCCGCAGCACAUCUCUUGCACAGACCCGCCUUUCAUUCAUGCAACACGAUGAAGCUCGUCGAAAGAAGACGCUGGAGGAGGCAACAUUAGACUUUCAACAAGACCAAUCAUGGGAUCAACUACGUUGUUUAUACAAAGGACCAUCAAGGUUGUCCGUCCUGGCAGAGCUCUCUCACCCUCGUUCCAAUGAGAAGGCAGGGAUUCUCAUUCAGGUUCAUCCGGAACAAGACCCUUUCAAUCUUAAACUAUCACCUCCACCUCUGUUGGAGGAAUAACACCAAGAUGAGCAACAACACAGCACACCAUGUCUCUUUGUGGCAGAUGAUUCAAUACCACCAAGAUAUCAUCCAUAAAUGAUAUAUUUUAAAAACACAACCAGUUCCAUGCCAUUCAACGGUUACAUUUGUUGAUGUAAACAUGAGUCUUACAUUAUAAAAUAAAGAAGCCAAUUAUAUAAAAUAAAGAAGCCAAUUAUAUAAAAGUAUUCUCGGGUCCCCAGCCACAAGAAACUUUCAAUGUUUUUUUUUUUAUUAUUAAAAAAGCAACAUAUAUAUUAGUUGUUGCAUGUUUCAUACAA